UAUUUUAGUGUAAACUUUAUGUGGUAGCUUUUUAUUUCUUUUGUCUUCUUUUCCUUGUGGUAGAUUAUAUGAGAUUAUGUGAGAUACUGUUACCUUUCCCAUGAUUACAUCUGUAUGGUAAUGUUGGAUAUGAAUUGGCUAGGCAUUAAUGCUAUCAAAAAGACAUUUAACCCUAAUCUUGGCCAAAGUAACCCGUGUGUAGUCCCUCUUAUAUUAUGUAUUAAUUCUUGUUAAUGAUAAUUAUAAUCAUAUUUAUUGUAAAAAAAAAUAAAGUGGUAAUGCUUAAUUAUGUUUUUCCUAUAUUUAUCAUAGAAAUAUUGUUCAUUAUGGAGUGGGAUGAAAAAUGAUUACAUGGAUUAAUCCCUACCAAGAGCUGGAUGGGUUCAUGUGAUGGUUUGGGGCUAUUUAAAUUGCCACCUCAAUGAAAUUUAGCACUUAAAGGUGACAACUUUUAAAAGCACCAAUAGGCCACUCUUGUUUUGGCUCCCCAGACAGCAAGGCCCAUUCUUUUGAUUUCUUUAAGUUUGCUUCUUCAGACAAGGUAAGCUAUAGAGUCGGAAGACUAAAAUAAUGGGUGCUCCUAUGUCAUAGGACCAAAAUUAAAGGCUUUAUAGCUCCUAGUAAAGGUUAGUUUGCACUGCCAAGGACUAUGAUAUAUAAACUCACUUGUUUCUUUGCACCAAGAGGAUAGCAUCAUCCAGAUUCCAGGGUCUCAUUGCAAAUUCUUGGACCAGUGACUAUCAGCAAAUGAGCCAAGAUAUUUCUAUUGAAGAAUAAGCAAGUUACGGCCUUGUUUAAAUUAGCUUUGAGCAUGUUUUAGACAAGUCUCAACAAUUUGCUUCCUUAUCUGUCUUCCCUGCCUACUUGUCUCCCUUCAGAAGGAAAAAAAGAAAAAGAAACAGAAAAUCCAGCACAGUUCAACUAUGAGUGAUUUUGGUUCGGAAAGAUCAAAGCCUUGGAACAUAUAUACAAGUUCAGACCCAAGCCCAUCUCAAACAGCAGUGAAUCAAGAAGCUCCAUGGAAAAACUUUGGAACAUCUAUGAAUGCCAUUUCUUUUGGCUUUGUUGCCACAGCUAUCCUGAUAUCUAUGUUUCUUAUCAUGGCCAUCUUUGAACAUCUGUUCAGGCCAGGUCCUUCUUAUUCUUCACCUGAAAAUGUGGCCAAUGGUUCUCGUGAAUCCAGACCAAUGAAGAAACUUGGCAAAGAAACAGUGUCACCAUCAUAUGCAUCUGACUUCUCAGUGUUGAUGCCAGGACAGCAAUAUCCCACCUACAUUGCACAACCUGCACCUCUUCCCUGCCCAAGAGAAGGGAUAUAUUGGCCUGCCCAUGGCCAUGAACAUAAUUUUGUACUUCCAUAGUAUAUUAAUAUUAUACCAGCACUGCAGCAUCAUAAAGGUUCUAUGUAUAUUUACAGAAUGAUCAACUUUUUGUUGGUUCCUUAAGUAUCUAAGUAGAUAUUGUAUCUUGAUUCUUGAAGCCUGUGCUUUUUGCGAGAAUUCGCUAUCCUGCAGGGUUUAACAAACCUUCUGAGAAAUGAGAAUUCGUCCUCAUGUCUA